GCAAUGGCGACCACCACCCCGACUGGCCUUUUGCGCAAGAAAAGGAAUUUCAAGGCCCUUCAGCUGCCCGCGACAUCUGUAGAGGCUGCUCCGAAUGGCCUACUACAAGCGCCAACCCCACAGCGGACCGGGAUGCGCUCGGCACUAUCAACGACUCUUGCCGACCUAAACGCGAAUUCAAAUACCAGCGAGACCAAGUCAAAUAAACGAUUCGGCACGCUGCAAAACGAUGAUUUUAGGAAUUUGGAGGAGCUGGGAACUGGGAACGGUGGGAGCGUCAUCAAGGUCGAACAUUUGUCGACCAGGGGUAAUCAUGGCCAAGAAGGUUGUCCUUAUUGAUGCUAAACCGGCCGUACGGAAACAAAUUCUUCGCGAAUUGCAUAUCAUGCACGACUGCGACUCGCCGUAUAUUGUGACUUCGUAUGGCGCAUACCUCACUGAGCCCAAUAUCUGUAUUUGCAUGGAAUUCAUGGACAAGGGCUCCUUUGACGGUGUCUAUAAGAGGAAUGGCCCCAUCGACAUUCGAGUGGUGGGCAAAGUCGCGGUCUGCGUACUGGAGGGUUUACGUUAUCUCUACGAUGUUCACAGGAUCAUACAUAGAGACAUAAAACCCUCCAAUAUUCUACUAAACUCUGCUGGCGAAAUCAAACUCUGUGAUUUUGGAGUAUCUGGCGAACUGAUCAACUCUAUCGCGAAUACCUUUGUGGGGACAUCGAUUUACAUGAGUCCUGAACGUAUCCAAGGCGGAGAUUACUCCGUCAAGUCCGAUAUAUGGUCUCUCGGAAUAACCCUCAUCGAACUCGCACAUGGUCGGUUCCCCUUCAAUGACUCGGAUUCGGACGACGAGGAUGACGUGAUGGAAGAUUCCCUCCGCCCUCCUACCAUUACUCCCGACAGCCCCUUCAGCCGGCGGAGAAGCAGAGGUGUAUCGCUUCAUGGAUCACUUAUGACCAUGAGCAUCAUCGAGUUGAUGCAUCAGAUCGUCAAAGAGCCGGCGCCGAGGCUUAUGGCUGUCGGACCGGAUGGGGGGAGGCGGUUCCCCGUCGAAGCAGAGGAGUUCGUUGACGCCUGCUUGGACAAGGAGCCAGAGAAGAGAGGGAUGCCGGGUGGAUUGGCGCAAUUCAAAUGGAUAGAGAUGUCCAAGAACGACCCCAUAGAUUUGAAAGCCUGGGCUGCCACCACCUAGAGCGAUUUAUUGACAACAUUUAGGUAUGAUUUAGGUGUACAUAUACCAUUUUUCCGCUAUCGUACUGCACUUAUUCUUGUAUGUAUAACUAACAACGGAAUCGGAUAUUGGUGAGAAAGGUGUGUUAAUUACGAGGGUGUACAUAGAAGAUACUUUACAAGUUAUAAGCUACACAAAAUACAUAUCAGUUAUACUAUACAUGAGAGCGCGCAUGGCACGGAUUAACGGCCGUCGGCUAGACAUUUGCUGGCUGGGUAGGGACUGGCUGCCCA